GAGUGUAUUCUACCUGACACAUUUUUGCCCAUUUCAACAUUCUUCCAUCAGAGAACUUGAUAGAUUACAUUUGAAAACAUUGACAUAGAUUCUGAACAUAUGGGACUCCAGCACCAAUAGCUAGAGUACCUCCGUUAUCACAGUCCUCAAUCCUAAAAAUGACUAGUCCAAUGUUCUGUUGUAUGUCCAUUAGCCAGUCCUCAGUAUGCAUUAGUAUAUUACUCCAAUCCCAGACACUUUAUCCACUGUUGUGGUCUGCAUGUUGUUGCUUUGCCUGUGGAGGGUAAUUACUUGGGGCAGGUCUUUCUCUAUCCUUUGACUAUCCUAGGGCUGCUGUCCCACAGCUCCAGUGACCCAGGUUUGAUACUAACCUUCACUGCUGAAUGUAUGGAGUUUAAACAUUCUCCCAGUGAUGGUGCAGGUGCAUAUCCCAAAAAUUUGCAGAUUAGUUGGUUAUUUAGCCACUGUAAAUAGUUCCUGGAGGGUAGGUGAGUGCUAGAAUGAUAUAUGAGUUCACAGUAGUGUACAGAGAAUAAAAGGGGAGCGUGGUGGUUCGCACAACACUUUACAGAACCAGCAACACAGAUUCAAUUCUCACUGCUGUCUGUAAGGAGUUUGUACGUUCUCCACACAGCAAUGCGUGCUCUAGGUUCCUCCUGCAGUGCAAAGAUAGGUUGGUAGGUUAGUUGGUCAUUGUAAAUAGUCCCAGGAUUAGGCUAGGGUUAAAUCCGGGGUUGUUGGGCGGUGCAGCUCAAAGGGCCGGAAGGGCUCGUUCCAUGUUGUAUCUCAAUAAAUAAAUAAAUGGUAUAGCUUUAGUAUAGUGAUUGUUUGGUGGUUGGCAUGGAAUACUGGGCGGAAGAUUGUUUUGCUGCAGUAUAUAAUCUAUAAUCUCAUGUGUGGUAUUUUUUCAAACGCCUUCUGAAAAUUUAAAUUCACCACAUCUAUUUGUUCCCCCUUAUCUUAUCUGCAAUAACAACCUCAAAAAUCCCCAUUUCCCCUCUAUAAAUUUAUGUUGAUUCUACCUAUUUUCUAAGUUCUCUGUUAUCAUUUCCCAGCAUUUCCCCACUUGGUCUGUGGUUCCCAUUUUUUUUCUCCCUUCUUCCAUUCUUAACAAAAAAGUGAGUUAUAAUAUGCUAUCAUCCAGUCUGUGGGAAUCAUUCUUGAAUUGAUGAAAUUUUAGGAAAUUAUCAACAAAUAGGUUUUCUAUCUUUGCAAAAAAAUUGGAUCAACAAUUAUGAUUUCUUGGGAUUUAUUGAUUCAUUAGAUUUCUUCAGCACUUUUUUUUACUAAAGCUGAUUUCUUUCAGCAUCUUAAUCAGUCAAAUAGUGAAAUACUACUCUGCUAAUUUUGCAAGUUUUUGGCUUGUCUUCCACAAAGGUAUACUCAUAAUCAUGGUUUAAUUUCCUUGUCAGUCUUAUUUUUUUGUAUUCUUAUUUUUCUUUAAUUUUCUUUCCAUAUCCAGCCACUCAUAGCCCUUUUCACAACGUGGAAUGGCCACAAAAGAAGGUUGUCAAGAUGACAGGAACCUAGCAACCAUAAAAGAUCAAGAGAAUGAAACAAAUUGUCUGCAACUGUGGGAACCUGUUGAUGGCAGUGCUGGUUGGACUGUUGAUGCUCAGCUCAAUGGAAAGGUUGUCAUUUGCAGAUGCUCAGUCUCCAGUUGACUGUUGUCUUUCAUAUUCAUCAAAACCUUUACCUUUGAAAAUUAUCAGAGGCUAUGUUUGGCAGUAUUCAAAUGAACUCUGCAGCAUAGAUGCUGUCAUUUUUUACACAAAGAAACGCCUAAGUGUAUGUGCAAACCCUGAAGAUAAGUGGGUGCAAAAUAUAAUCAGCGGCUUUCUGAAGAGGGAACUGAAGAAGAAUUGAGAGACCACAUCUCAAUUCCAUUGGCAUGAAGAAUCCCACCUUUUGUAACGAUGGAAAAGACUAUUGUACUUGUUUUUAAUUGUUAUUUGCUUCAGUAUAUGAUGUAUGCACUCUUCUCACAUUCUACAAAUGUAUCCAGUAUUUGCCUCCAUUAAGCUAUUAAGUUCUGACAAAGCACUGUGAAUGUUUUAUUUCAUUAUAUGUAUUUUAUGGAUCAAUAAACACAAUGUGUGAAAACA